AUGAUUUCUACAUUACUCAUAAUUUCACUACUGGUGUUCGAGAUACAAGCACAAGAGGACUACAGCAAAUACGUCAAAGUUCUGUAAGUCAAGUUAUCAGGAUUGUUUUCGCGUUAUCUGACAAGAAUCAGUUCCGGAACGGAAAAUGGAGGCAACAACUUUCCUGGUGUCGCUAGACCACAUGGUAUGGUAAAGAUAGGACCAGAUUUGUUGAAGGAAGGCACGGAUUCGUACUCAGGCUACUUGGUUGAUGGGAACUUCUCUGGUUUCAGUCUGAUGCACGAACAAGGUACUGGAGGGGCCCCCAAGUACGGAACUGUCGCUCAAUUACCGGUGAUUGGGAAUAUCAGUGAUCCAUUAUCUGGAAUUACGAUUGGGAGAUUAGGGGCUGAUGAAGCAACUCUCGGUCACUAUAAGGCCAAAACGAUUCAGAAUGUCAUGGUCGAGCUUUCUGCAAGUGAGAGAGCGGGUGCGUAUCGAUACACGUUUCCGGCUUCGAGUACCGAGAACAGUGUUCUUGUCGAUGUCAGUCAUGUGCUUCCGUCUUUUCGUGGCCAGGGUUUAGGUCAAGCAUAUGCUGGUGGGGAGUUUACGGUUUAUCCAGAUGGCCAUUAUGAGGCGUUGGGGAUUUACAAUAAUGGCUGGAACAGAUCUCCAAACUGGAAGAUAUACUCUUGCAAGUUGCUCUCAAAUCGAUGAUCACCAGUAGCUGACUUCUAACAGGUAGUUACUUUGACUCCAAACCAAACUUUGCUCAAGUUUACCAAGGCACUACUGUUCAAACUUCUGGGUCAGCGAACUCGACUUCUAGCACUCUUGUCGGCGGUAUAUUCAGAUUCAACAACACUAUUGUCCAAUCCCGAGUUGGCAUAUCAUGGAUCUCGAAAGCUCAAGCCUGCCAAAACGUCCAAGAUCAAAUCCCCGCAACAACAACAUUCGAAGAAACCGUCCAUUCUACAAAGAACGCAUGGAAUUCCCAAGUGCUCUCAAAGAUCACAACAACUUCAACGAACACCAAUAGCUUAGAACUGCUAUACACAUCCCUAUAUUUCAUGAAUCUUCUGCCCACAAACCAAACUGGAGAGAACCCUGGCUGGAAGUCAGAGGAGCCAUAUUACUCCGAUAUCUUCACAUUGUGGGAUCUUUUCCGAUGCUCCACGGCUUUACUCCAUGUCCUACAACCUGUUGUUUACAAGGAGCACAUUCGUUCCCUGAUUGACAUCUGGCGCCAUGACGGCUAUCUCCCAGAUGCGCGGUCGUCUAAUUACAACGGGAGAACCCAAGGAGGCUCAAAUGCCGACAACGUUCUGGCUGACGCUUAUGUGAAAGGAGUCCGUGGGAGGGUCAGUUGGAAUGAUGGCUACGCGGCAAUGGUCAAAGACGCUGAAGUCGCACCUCCGAACUUAAAUCCAGAUCCAAUGGCACCAGAUUCCUCAACCAAAGAGGGACGUGGUGCGCUUCCAGAUUGGUUGGAAUAUGGAUUCAUCACACCGAAAUAUACUCGAGCCGCCUCACGAGCGGUGGAAUACGCAUACAACGACUUUUCUCUCUACCAAAUUGCAAACGGUCUUGGCAAGACCGAAGAUGCAGCCAAAUAUCUCAAUCGUUCGAGAAAUUGGCGUAAUCACUGGAAUCCGGAGCAGACAGCACUAGGUUUCAAGGGCUUUGUGGUUCCAAGAAAUGAAACUUCUUUUCUCCCUACGGAUUCGUUGGGCGAUAGUGGAUACUGGGGAGAUCCGUAUUACGAAGCUACAAGCUGGGACUACUCUUUCACAGAUGUCCACGAUAUGGCAAAAUUGAUCGAGUGGAUGGUAGGCAAAGAAAGGUUUUAUGAGCGUCUUGAGGCAACAUUUACAGUUGGCGCAAACCCUAGUAGACCGAAUGAUGUGAUUUUCGAUGCGACCAACGAACCGACAUUCACCGUUCCGUAUCUGUACAACUACAUCAAUCUCCCCAACCGCUCCGUCUACCAGUCUCGCAAAAUAGCAAAGCAAAAAUACAACACCUCUCCGACCGGACUCCCUGGAAACAGCGAUGCUGGCGCUAUGCAGACAUGGCUGCUUUGGAAUAUGAUAGGGCUUUAUCCUGUUACCGGCCAAACGACAUUUCUCAUUCAUUCGCCUUGGUUCGAAUCUUUGACGAUCGAUUUGGGCAACGGGAAAAAAUUGGAUAUUGUAAGUAAAGGGGGUGAUGGGAAUGGAGACUCGAAAUAUUAUGUUCAGAGUGUUAGGGUUAAUGGGGUGGAGUGGACGAAGAGUUGGUUGGUUUGGGGUGAUGUUUUUGAGGAAGGGGGGAGGAUUGAGUUUGUGUUGGGCGACGAGGAUACGAGCUGGGCUACGGGGGACUUGCCUCCUAGUCCUGCGACGGAAGGGGCGGAGCCAUAUAUUUAA